CAGCUGUGUCUUUUUCAUUCAGCAGAUAAACUCUGACUCAGCAACAUGUUGCCACCCAACCUGUUGAUAGUGUCGAUGAUCGUCUUUCUGGUGACAACUGUCUCUACGGCUCCUGUGGAGGAGAAGGAGCACGAGGAGGCGGAGGUGGAGACCACAGAGGAGGGGGAGGGGGAGCUGUCCGAGGAGGAGGAUGAUGAUGACUCCAAGAGUCAGGAUAAGAGUGAGGGAAUUCUUGGCGUGCAGCAGACCGCCGUGGCGUCUGCCUCCGGAGGUUCAGUGUCUAGUGUUCAGUCAGCGGGAGGAGGACGUGAUGCAGCAGCAGGAAGUGAUGCAGGUCCUCCAAGUUCUCCAGGUUCUCCAGGUUCUGCAGGUUCUCCAGGUUCUCCAGGUUCUGCAGGUUCCGUAGCAGCAGAACUUCCUGGUUCCUCUUCUGGUCAAACUCAAACUGCAGGUUCUGACGGAGUCGACUCACACGGUAACGCCCAGAAGCUGCUGAACGGAGGAGGAGGAGGCGGAGCUGACAGUCAGACAGGUGUGUUUCCGAUCUUUGGGGGUGGGUUUUCUCACCUGGAUUAUACAGGAAUCAUCGACACGUCCAGUCACGACUUCCUGCUCGGCCUGAUGGGGACCAGCUCAGGUGUGUCAGCGGACCAGAACACUGGCUCCAGUCUGGAUUUACCUGCAGGUCACGUUCAUCAUCAAACUGACAUCGGCGUUGACCAAUCAGGAGGCGACCACUCCUCUCCUAGCUCAGGUCCUGACCAAUCCCUGCCUGGCUCUGCCUCAGGCUCCUCCCACUCCACCACCCAGCAGGAAGCUGCUGCAGCGUCGUCGUCUUCAUCAGUCGGUGACGCUCACAGAGAACAGACAGGAAACGGUCGACAGACUCAUCUGACAGACGAGACCGGAGUGACCGACCGACCAGUUCCCCUCAGUGACCUCCAGACCGACCUCACAGGUGUUCUCUCCCACACAGACCUGGUAACCGUAGCGACCGACUUCACGGUGACAGACACAGUUUCAGCAGACCCGACAGGAAGUCCAGCUGAGACCAGUCAUCCAGCUGUUACGGAUCACACACAGGCGGCUGGUUCAGUCACUGAACAGUACAACCCAUCUGGUCAGGGUCCUGAAGGUGCAGAAAAUGUGGAACUGGAGGAUUCCUGCUGACUUCCACAUCAAGCCGCGAGUUAGACUCUUGCGCUACCGAUUCCAGUGUACCGACCAAUCAGCAUGGCCCGUGAAACACGACUCCUCCCACUAGCUGUAGGGCCCGCACCCUCUGAGCAGCGACAGCUCAUUGGUGUUGGGUUGUUUUUUAAAAAUAUUUAAAUUUUGGAGUUUGUUUAUAGACUUUUAUUUUUUUGCCUUAGUAAUAAAAAUAACGUUUCGUCCGAAUCUCGAACGUUUGGUGAUUUUGACUUGAUGACGACAUACAGGAUGUGACAUCAUCUUCACUGUCAGGAUUUGUAACGUGUUUUUUCAAAACUUCUACAAUAAAUGUUUUUUUGUCUAUUUUGAACAUCAAA